AUGGAGACCAAAGAGACCGCCGCGGAAGAUAGCCACGGCUCUGAUAACGAUGGUAGCCGCCCCGUCCGACAGAAAUUGAAGCAAACGUCGAUUACUUCGAUCCCGCUUGAACAGGCGGCUAAUGACGAUAAAGAGACCACCGGGAAGGGGACAGACUCAGCCAACGGGCCUGAGAGGUUCCAGAGUGGUUCGGAUAGUCGGUCGAGCAGCCGCGGCCGGAAACGGUCCUUUGAGGACGAGGAAGACGAGAACGACGACGAGGAACACGGCCACAGGCGCAAGAGAUCGCGUGACUCUACAACCGAGGGCGACGAUCAACAGCCCCAGGCUGAGGUUAGCAACUCCAGGAAAAUCCUGAGCCCGAAGAAGAAGAGAAGCAGGGACCAACUCGAUAAAGAGGAGCCCAAGCUAGCUGCUUCGGAACAAACGGUUAGCAAGACUGAAAUCGGGGAACUGGAGAAGGAAGGACAGCCUGAAAAGAAGCGACACCGUGAUAACUCGACAGAGAGGGAGCCAGCAACGAUCACAAGUGCUUUUGCCAAUACGUCCUCAGUCUCUCCAUUCGGUUCACUUGGAGCGACAGAACUAGAGGAAAAGCCUGCCAAAGCGGCCGCGGUAACUUCCAAUUCGGCCUUCGCUUCAUCAAGUUUGGCGGCGUUUGCUAGCUCAGAACAAUCACCCUUUGGUUCACUUGGAGCUUCAACACCAUCUGUCUUCAAGUCGCCCACUCCGGCAGAGGCCGAGAAACCAGCCACAACCGGGUUCGCAACUGCGGUGGGUACUUCGGGCUUUGCAUCAUUGGGUUCUGGAUUUUCAGGCUUCAGCGGUGGCUUCGGGGCCGCUGCGAAAUCUGGGGGGCUUACCAGCUUCGCUUCUCCCGCUGCGACUAGUGCCCUGGGUAGCAGCACUAAAGACAAGCCAUUCGGCGUAGCAGAGGACGAAGAGGCAGAGGAAGAGGAGGGCGAAGGCGAGACUCGGCCCAAGGAAUUCGAGCAAGAAAAGACCGAUGAGAGGUUUUUUGAGCAGCAGAUCGAAACGGGCGAGGAAGAAGAAAAGACAUAUUUCAGCUGCAAAGCUAAACUCUUCCAAUUUACGAAUAAGGAAUGGAAGGAGCGCGGUCUCGGCACAUUCAAGGUGAAUGUCAAGGUAAAGGACGGCAAAGAGGAUAAGAAGGCAGCUCGGAUGCUCAUGCGAGCCGACGGCGUUCUAAGAGUCAUGCUCAACUCACCUAUCUUCAAGGGAAUGAAGGUUGGUGACGGUGCUGGCAGCGAACCAAAAUCCAAGCAGAUCCAUCUGGCUGGUGUCGAAGAUGGCCGCACCGUUCCUCUCCUGCUGCGGACGGGCAAUGAGGAGCUUGCUAAGGAGCUCUAUCAUGUUAUUCAAGAUCUGCUGCAGCACCAAUAG